AAGAGUGGUUCAUUACUACAUCGAACUUACAACGAUAAUAAAAUGUACGUACAGCUGGUCGACCACAUCAACCUUAGCCUUACUAAUGAUACCUUUGUAAACCUUCAUGUUGGCACGACCCGUUUUCUGACUCAACACGUGAAGAAAACGUAAUAAUCUGCAGUUCACACGAAUUUCCAGUGCUCACCUUUCCUCUCUUCUUGAAAUUCCUGUUUUCUGGGUACCUGAAAGAUAUGUCCAAGAACCGUGAAGUUGAAAUCGGCCCAUGGCCAGUUGUACGUCACUUUGAUAGCCAAUUUCUCAAGUGUGGAAUAUGUCUUAAGAGAUACAUUAACCCUAAGGUUCUACCCUGCCUUCACACGUUCUGUGAAAGUUGUCUGGUGCAAUAUAUCCCCGCAGAAAGUCUAACAGUCACUUGCCCCAUCUGUCGACAGCAGUCGAUACUACCAAAGCAAGGUGUCUCGGCUCUACAAGACAACGACUUCAUCGCUAAUCUAAUGGAGGUUCUAGAGCAGCCUGUCGUCUGCCAACGUAGGGAAUGUCAAUCUCCAGGGGUUCGAAAGUGCACCUCAUGUGACGAAUUCCUCUGUGAUGUUUGUUGCGAGGUACACAAGAAGGAAUCUUCCUCUUGUAAUGAGAUGAUCAUCUCAAUCAGUGAACUCGCCCUCAGAGAGGAGCAGGAGAAAAGCAAGGAAAGCCCGUCAUUGAUGUGUCCUAAACACUCUUUUCAAACUCUUCGAUUUUACUGUCGCGAUUGUGAAACAGCUGUCUGCGUCACGUGUACAGACAUCGAACAUGGAGGUCAUGGAACUAUGAGACUGCGAGAAGCAAUAGAGGACCAGAAAGAUGCGUUAAAGUCGCUUCUACAAAAGGCAUACUCACAGGUUCCUAAUAUUAAAGAAGCCAUUGAAGCCGUGUACGUAACAUCAUCUAAUUUAUCAGAAAGAUACUCACAAGUUUCAAAAGAAGUUUACUUCUGUUUUGAAACCUUAAUAGAAAUUAUUCAGAUGAGAAAAUCCUUCCUUCUCAAAGAGCUGGAAGAAUGUUAUGAGUCCAAACAACAGACUCUUAUACAACAAAGAGAAGCUCUUGGGACGAUUUUGAACAGUUUAUCAAGCAGCUGUGAAUUUACGGAAAACGUCCUUACUCAUAGCAACGAAACCGAAAUACUUUUAAUAAGAAAACAAAUGACAGAAAAAUUAAAAGAAUUUUCUGAGCUUGUCGUAAAAAAAGAGCCUGAAGAAAACAGUUAUAUUGCUUUUGAAGAAGGGAAUCUCAACAUGUUAAAAAGUAAAAUACAGGAGUUUGGAUGUAUCAAAACAAACAGUGCUGUCGCUGACGAAACGACAGCUUCUGGCGAAGGAUUGAAACGUUGUAUUGUAGGUAGACCAACUCUUGUAAGUGUUGUUACCAAAGACAGGAAUAGGGAGAUUGUGAAAACUGGAAACGCAUUACUUGAAACUGAAAUCGUGUCAACACACCUAUCUUUGUUGUUCACUCCAGAAGUGUUACCUCAGAGGAAUGGAAGCUACGACUUAGUAUACACUGUUACUAGAGAGGGAAUCUAUAAACUGUCAAUUAAGUUGUUUGGAAAGCACAUCAAGGGAAGUCCAUUCGAAAUUAAAGCGUAUAUAGGAGAAGGCAGCUCUUCCAGUGAUCGGCCAACCAGUUCCAAAAUUCCAAGGACGACAGCAGUACGACAACGUGGCAUUAAACGACCACCAAGCUACCCGUCUACCAUCUCAAUGCGUAGAAGAAACCCCAUUGAAGAUGAUUUGAUACUGAGAAUUGGGACGAGAGGACGUGGGAAGGGGGAAUUUGCCAAUCCUCAAGGGGUUUGUUUUACAGAAAGUGGAUUUAUUGUAGUAGCAGACAGUAACAAUCAAUGUAUCCAGGUGUUUUCUUUGACAGGGGAUUGUAAAUUACGCUUUGGAAUAAGAGGAAGAAGCGCUGGCCAGAUUCAGAGGCCGACAGGUGUCGCUGUUACUGGAACAGGAAACUAUGUCGUGGCAGAUUACGAGAAUAAAUGGAUCAGUGUUUUUAAUCCGUCCGGGAAGUUUAUAGGACGUCUAGGAGUAGGAAAACUUCUUGGUCCCAAAGGAGUAACAGUCGACAAGAAUGGUCAUAUUAUAGCCAUUGAUAAUAAAGCUAGUUGUGUAUUAAUAUUCCAAGAAAACGGAAAACUCUUGAAUAAAUUUGGAACAAGAGGAACAGGGAACAUGAAGUUCGCGGGUCCUCAUUAUGUAGCUGUAAAUAACAAGGAUCAGCUGUUAGUUUCUGAUUUUCAUAAUCAUUGCAUUAAGAUCUUUGAUAGUGAUGGAAAGUUCGUUUCCAGUUUCGGAUCUAGUGGACAAGGAAAUGGACAGUUUAAUGCUCCAACAGGUAUUGCCAUUGACAACCAAGAAAAUAUCUUGGUGGCCGACUGGGGAAACAGUCGCAUUCAGGUUUUCGACAGUGGGGGAUCUUUCCUCUCUUUUGUUAAUACCAACGGAAAUCCACUUUAUGGACCACAGGGCCUAGCAGUGACAUCUGAUGGCAUCGUUAUAGUUGCAGAUUCAGGCAAUCAUUGCCUUAAAGUUUAUAAAUACUUGCAGUAAAAGUAAUUUGCACUAAACACUUAAAUACUCAGUUUAUUCUAGUUUUCCCAACUCUAUUAACGUUUUGAUUUGUUUCUCUCAUAGAAAACAUUUCUGUCAAUAUUCUAGUAUUCAUCUAAAUGAUUAAUUUUUUAUAUACUUUUGUAAGAAACAAGAGGUAUGAAUACUUUUUCUUGGUUUUUUUCAGCUUAAACAUUGAACACUAAAUACGCUCCUUGACCAGACUGGCUACAAAAAGUAAUACCACGAGCUGAAUUUAACAUAUAAUCUCGACCGAACUUAAAUUAGGGCUCGAGAAAAAUCAAAAAGUUUUAUGGAUACGAAAUAUGUAUAUACUAUAGAAAAUUAGGUACGUAGUAUUUGUAUACUACGAGCUUAACAAGUCAUCUCAAAGUCUGAACGAGGCUUAGCUAUAAGAAAAAAGAAAUGUUUGUAAAUAUGUCAUAUGCUUUAGGUUAUUACAUUGUCAUUUACUUAUGUUAAACAAGGGUGAUGAUUAAUUAUCUUAUGAAAUAAUUAUUCAAAAAAGUCAUAAUCUCCCCUUACUAUUCUAAAAUUUAAUAAAGUGGUAAAACGUGUUCCUUGGGCUCUGGAAAAACAUUACACCUUUAAGUUAAAUAAUGUUCAAACGCAGGACAUUAGAAAAAUAUAGGUUCUCCAACAUUUAGACUUUAUGUGUCGUAACGCAGAUUAUUGUUUAUGUAUUCAAAAAUGUUGUGGACAAAAGUUCCAUUUGUGUAUCCAUAGAGACAUAUAGACAAAGAGCUAAUCUCUUGCAAAACUCUAAUGAUUAAAAACUAGGCCUAAUUUACUUAAUUAAACAUAAAUACUAAACCUAUGUUGUGUAACGUUUGCCACCAUAACUGGUGACAAUAAAUGGAACACUCCUGUUGUAGACAACUUAAUCCUUUUUAAAGCUCACCUAAAACCUAAACUUUUAACAAGCUUCUGUGACACAUAUACGGCACAAUUACAAAAAACAAAGACGAAUCUAAUCAUGAUUUACAGCCUACAACCACAUCUAGUGAGCAUCAGUCAAUUAUAUUUUACCUUUCCCCAUUUGCUAUCGAUUGACGUUCUAAGAGGUACUUUUCCAUUUUUUCUUGAUUCGUGUGUGCUGAAUUAUAUCAGCUACAGUCGCCCAUAUUUUGGCAUCUCCAGGUACAUCUUCUGAUGUUUCGUCAACAAAUUAACACUAAUAUGCGGUUUUGGUAUAGAGCAGUUAAUAACCAACCAUUGAAAUACUUCUGCAUUAUUCUGCAAAUGAGAAUAAUUUGUUUGUCAUUAACGGUGACAUAUUUGUCUUAUUAAUAUAUAUAUAUAUAUGUUCGAUUGCAUGGUUUCACUAAG